AUGGCCUCACGAAGUUAUAGGUCGUCCAAUCAGCUACGGGGUCAGCAGUGGGAACGGUGUGAGGCGAGUGGUGAUGGGUCGCGCCAGUUGUCCCUCUUCUUCGCCACCCUGUGUGUGAUCGAUCUGUUCGGAGUGUUCCCGAUCGUGGCGCUACCGAAGUCAAUCAUCUCCUGCGGCUUGUACGGGGUUCCCCUGGUGCUGUUCGUCCUUACGCUCCAAAUCUAUACCGCCGUCGUGUUGGGGCGCUGCUGGACGAUAGCCGAACGGCUGGAUCCGUCGAUAGUGGCCAAAAAUCGGUAUCCGUAUGCGGCCAUUGCCGAGUUCACCUACGGCAAGCGGAUGAGCGUGUUCGUGACGGUGCUUCUUGACCUGACGGUGUUCGGUGGGGGCAUACCGAACCUGCUGGUGGCCGCCCAAAAUCUUCAACUACUUGGCGUGCGCAUCAGUGAUGACUCGUUCCAGCUGUCGUUCUGCUACUGGCUGAUCAUUAUCGGACUGUUCCUGUGUCCUAUCAUGUGGUUAGGAAGCCCCAAAAACAUGCGCACCCUUGCCAGUGUGUCCGUGAUCGUGUGCACUAGUGUCGCCAUCCUGACGUGGAUUUCGAUAGGAGAAGAUCAAUCAUCCGCGUCCGGCACAAACGAUUUUAGACCGUUCAGUGGAAUCGGCCUUGGUUUGCCUCCGGUUGUGCAGUUGCUGAAGGCGUACGGUAUCAUCGCCUUUCAGUUCGAUAUCCAUCCGAUGUUGCUGACUAUUCAGGUCGACAUGCAGCACAAACGGCACAUCGGAAAGGCAGUGCUAUACGGUAUCCUUGUGACAUGCUCACUGUCCGCUGUAACAACACUGCUGACGGCUUAUCGCUACGGAAUGGACACCACGAGUAACGUGCUGCAGAUAUUACCUCGCAGUUGGUCGCUUUAUAUGACCAUCCUGCUGGUAACGCUACAACUAUGCCUUUCUAGUGCGGUUGGGAACUCGGCCUUGUUCCAGCACAUUGAAGAUGUUUUAGGAGCCUCCAGAGAUUUCACCAUCAAACGCUGCAUCAUACGGUCGGUGCUUGUAUGGUGCGCUGUGCUCAUCGCAGAAAUACUACCGCGAUUCGAUUUGGUGAUGGGAAUCAUCGGUGGAACCCUUACCGGCCCCCUGAUAUUCAUACUGCCGCCUUUAUUCUACCAGCGGAUGCUGCAAUUGGAACGAACCUACAGCCAGGAAUUGAAGCGAUCGUAUUCAUCCGGCUCGUCCGAAUUUUCCGAAGAAUUGCGUACCAGCCACACGGACCUGGAUGAUGACGUUUUGUACUCUGAGCGACUAAGUUGGUACGGAUCGAUAGGCUCGAUAGGAUCGGAAAUCACAAAACUUCGUUCCGCAAUCGGCGGUUGUACCGCUUGGAUACGCGCCCAAAUAACGCGGUUCUACCAUGUCAUGUAUAGCGACUGUAUUCUCGCUGGGUCGGUAAUAGUCUUCGGGAUUGCCGCGACCUUGGCAUCAACGUAUUACAAUAUGUUCGAUGCUCGAGAGUCACAGUUGUGGUUCUCGUGUCUAAGCGGCUGGAGACGAUGA